AUGGUGGCUCUAACAGAACCAAAAAUCCAAUUUGCCAAGGCGGCUCUUAUUAUGAGGAGGUUAGGUAUGGAUGCAGUGUGCUCCAAUGGAGCGGAGAAGGGGGAGAGAAUUUGGGUUUUCUGGAAGAAUGUUCUCCAAGUCAAAGUGGUCAUGGAACACGUGCAAUUUGUUUCUUUGGAAUGCUCUGAUUGGGUUUCAAACAGAUUUUUAAUUACCUUUGUGCAUGGAUUGUGCUUGGUUACGGAGCGGCGUCAGCUCUGGGCUGAUCUUUUGGACAGCGUUCGAGAUACAGACCUCCCCUGGGCGGUGGGUGGAGACUUUAACGCUGUCUUGGACCCACUUGAAAAGGUUGGGGGCAGGGCAGCCUGUUCUACCUCCCUGGAGGAGUUUGGGAACUUUGUGAGUGAUGCUGGGCUUGUGGACGGGGGAUUCAUUGGGAAUUCCUUCACAUGGUCCAACAACCAGUCAGGCGGUAAUAAAGUAGUGGCUCAUCUAGAUCGGUUUCUCUUUAAUGGUCAGUGGGCAGAGCUGUUUGCAGUUAGUAAGGUGAUGCACUUGAGUAGGGUGUGCUCGGAUCACUCUCCGAUUCUGCUAGAGUGUGCGACACAGGUGGUACAACAUGUAAGUACUUUUAAAUUCCAGCAGAUGGGGAUUUCUCAUCCAAGUUUCUUAGACUGUGUCAAAGAGUGUUGGGAGGCCCCGGUACACGGAUCGACUCUACACGUUUUGUUCCUUAAAUUGAAAGCUCUUCGGACUUGGCUUCGGGUUUGGAAUAAAGCUGUUUUUGGCGACAUCCACCACAAUGUCAGAAGGGCGGAAGAUAGAGUUUGCAGGGCUGAAAUUAUUCUGGAGCAAAACCCGUCUGCAAAUGCUAGAGAAGAUUUGGAGGAGGCUUCCAAAGCCCUCAACGGGGUGUUAUUGCAGGAGGAAAUCUUCUGGCGGCAGAAAUCAAGGGUCCGUUGGCUCAAAGAAGGAGAUAGGAACACGAAUUUCUUUCACACAUCAGCCAAGAUGCGCAGGUUGCGGCAAAGUGUGAGCAAAAUAAAGGAUGGGAAUGGUGACUGGAUCUCUGAUGCGAGUGGCAUUGAAGCGGAAGCGGUAAGAUUUUUUACUGACGCCUUCUCUUCUCAGGGUUGCACUCAGGACGAUGACAUUUUUUAG